AAAGGAGAAGGAGAAGGCAGGUGAACAUGAAAUAUGGCCUUAUCCUCUCCCUCCUUGGGCGCACACCAUCACCACCUUCCACCUCUCAACACCACACAUCACUCCUCUUCUCCCAAACUACUCUUUCUUCAUCCACCGCAUUUCUCUUCUUCUUCUUCUAACUUCCCUAUCAUCAUCAGAACCGCCACCACUCCUCAGACUGAGAAAUGGAGAGCUCAAGUCUCAUUCUUCCCUGCUUUCUUGAAGAAAGGCGGCAAAGAUGCCAACACCAUCAAGCAAGAGCUACUUCAGGCCAUUGCACCUCUUGAUCGAGGUGCUGAUGCCUCCCCCGAUGACCAGCAAACUGUUGAUCAGAUUGCACGCAAACUUGAAGCAGUUAAUCCUACAAAGGAGCCCCUCAAAUCUAAUCUACUUGAUGGCAAAUGGGAGCUUAUAUACACUACCUCUCAGUCAAUCUUGCAAACCAAGAGACCAAAGCUUUUGAGAUCAGUUACAAAUUAUCAAGCAAUCAAUGUGGAUACCCUUAGGGCCCAAAACAUGGAGUCUUGGCCAUUCUUCAACCAGGUGACAGCAAAUCUAACACCUCUAAAUGCAAGGAAAGUAGCUGUACAAUUUGAUACAUUCAAAAUCUUAGGCUUGAUACCUGUGAAGGCACCUGGAAGAGCCCGUGGUGAAUUGGAAAUUACAUAUUUAGAUGAAGAACUUAGAGUAUCAAGAGGUGACAAAGGAAACUUGUUCAUCUUGAAAAUGGUGGAUCCAUCUUACCGGGUUCCUGUGUGAAAAUGAUGUAUUCUCAGCACUUCUAUUCUCUGACUCAACUACUUGUUGAAAAUAUAUACUAGUUGAAACUUGUAGUAAUUUUCUGCUGCAGUGUUGCUAUUCAAGUUGACUUAAAGUCUUAUACGGUUAAAACCAUUUUACUUUUAGCACUCUUCUUGGUGUAUUAAAAAAAUAAUAAUCUGAAACUAAGACUUGUGAGUACAUCCAUGAUCCACCCCUUGAAGUUUGUUGUAUUAAGUGGAGACUCUGAGUCUGAGACAAAAUAAGUGGUUGUCAAAUCUUGAUACUUGAUGUAUACUAUAUUAUUUGAUUUGAUUUAAUAUCUUAUCAACUAA